AUGGCCUUCGAAUCGCUUGUCGUGUCGCUGCCUUCGUCGUCUCUCUUUCGGUUCCCGCCGAACUCAAAUGCAGGGUUCAUUCCACCGCCUGCCGCCGGCAGCACACCCUUUGCACCACCGAUUGAUAUCCCGGAUCAUAUCUAUCACGCCUUCCUCGAUCCCAGGGUCCCAAUCACGAUCGCUGCCGUCUAUGCUGUGACCGCCAAAGCCCUCAACGCCUACAACAAGUCGACGGGCAAGAAGCCCUGGGCUAUCAGCCGGACUUUGGCUUUCCGAUGGUUUGUUAUUGCUCACAAUGUCUUUCUGGCCGCCUAUUCCGCUUGGACAUGGUGGGGAAUGCUGGGCGCGCUGCGGCGUACCAUGGUCAGCCCUCUUGGACCUCAUGGCAUCGCUGGCUUCCUUGACUCGGCGUGCCAAGUGAACGGACCGGGCGGGUUGGGCAACGCCGUCUUCUUCAAUGAGGAGACCAACUCAUGGCAGUCGUAUGCCCUCGAGCCGGCCCUGGGCGAGGACGGCUCACCAAGCCGGUUCGCAGCCGGACGCAUCUGGAAUGAGGGCCUGGCAUUCUACGGCUGGCUCUUCUACCUCAGCAAGUUCUAUGAGGUAUUCGACACGCUCAUCAUACUCGCCAAGGGCAAACUCAGCUCUACCCUUCAGACCUACCAUCACGCCGGGGCCAUGAUGUGCAUGUGGGCCGGCAUGCGCUACAUGUCGGUGCCCAUCUGGAUAUUUGUCUUCUUCAACUCGUUCAUUCACGCUAUCAUGUACACAUACUACACUGUGACAGCCUUCAACAUCCGCGUGCCCAUGUUUUUCAAGCGCACCUUGACAUCGAUGCAAAUCACGCAGUUCCUCGUCGGUGCAUCGUGUGCCAUGGUUCACUCCUUCAUCAGCUAUACGAUCCCUGUCAUUUCUGGCUCCCAGACUGAAGCUUCCGCUUCCGCUUCCGCUUCCGCCGUGGCAAACGGCUCUGUGGCUGCUGCGACUGCUGGUGUCCUCGGGGGUGUUAAGGGCACCUAUGCACGCCGGACCAUGCCCUGUAUCACCUCUAGCGGCGAGACAUUCGCUAUUUGGCUUAAUGUUUUAUAUCUCGCACCUCUGACGUACCUCUUCGUCUCCUUCUUCAUUGAGAGCUACAUCCGCCGCAGCAACGCUGCUAGCAAGCGAUCUGGGGAAACUGGCGUCAACAGUGCGGCGGCACGCCGCCUCAGCAAUGUCCAGAUGGCCGAAAAGGCCGGCUGGGAGGCUGCAAAGAAUAUCGAGCGCGAGGUUUAUGGCGAGAACAAUGAAGAGGCGGUUGUGGUUGAGACCAGCACAUCCAAAAGCCAGCUGGCUCCCAACAGCCGUGUGUUACGGAGCAGGAAAUAG